AUGGCGGAAGGCGGAAACAAACAAACCGAAACUGAACUCUUCAGCGAAGCUCUGCAAGAGCUACCAAGAAAUGAUGACCUGAAAAGGAUGCUCAUAGAGAUUAUCGACGCUAGAAUAAAUCCUAUAAACGAAAGUCUGGCAAAUAUUGAUGAAAAAAUGACGAAAUUCGAAAAAAUUGAAUCAGACAUUGGCGUCAUGAAAAAACAAUUGAGCGAGAAAACCAAGAAACUGACCGUGGACAUAGAGCAAAAUAAGCGCAAUAUUAAACAAACCGAAGAGAAAUUAUUACGACUAGAUCUCCAGAGAAGGCAAACAAACCUGAUAAUCGACAAUAUAGAGCAGAAAGGAGGCGAAAAUGUAAUAAAAACAGUCGAAACUUGCCUGGGAAAUAUCGGUUGCGCAGUUUCGAUUUCGAAUGCAUACAGAAUGGGAGCACCGGGAGGUCAAGGACGAAUCGCACCAAUCUUCGUGGAAUUCCAAACACGACGAGACGUAGACCGAGUUAAGAAAACGGCUUGGACGAAACAGAACAGCAAAACAGUAAAAAUCAGAGAAGACUUGCCGAACGAGCUGAGGAAACUACGGGGUAAAGCGUACGCGAACCAUAUAAAAGCCGCCAAACGAGAGCAGAAAAAAUUUAGAUGGGACCUGGAUAAAUUAUUCAUAAACAACGUACAGAUUGACUUAUCAGCCGAGAUCGAAGAGACACGACGAGAUAUCACAAGAAAUUCAUAAAAUAAGACUUUCAAUUUUUUUUAUCCCCAAUUGUUCUUCUAAAAUUAGGCCCAGUCUCUAGACGUUUUUUUACCAAGCAUCUUUUUUCCUUAGGACG